UUCAGCUCUGAUUAUCUGUGCAGGGAAACGUCCGCUUACAUUUACUCAAGUGUCUACCAGCGCCUGUUUAAACGAAUUUUCUCACCUUUUAGACAAUUUCGCCUCACUACUUUCGAAAUUGUGACUGCUCCUUGGAGUCAUCUGUCAUCUAUAAUGGAGAACUCCUCUGAAGACUACAGGAUCCAGGCUUUUGACAUGGACACGCAGAUUUUGCUGAAAACAGCCUUGAAAGAUCCAAGCUCAGUCAACCUGGAGAAGGUGUCCAACAUCAUCAUGGAUCAGUCUCUAAAGGACCAGGUGUUCAGCAAAGAGGCCGGGCGUAUCUGCUACACCAUCGUUCAGGCUGAGGCCAAGCAGAACAACGGGAAUGUGUUCAGGAGAAACCUGCUGAACCGGCUCCAGCAGGAGUUCAAGGACCGUGAGGAGACAAGGGGGCGCUCGCUGCAGGAGUGGGUGUGCUACGUCACGUUUAUCUGUAACAUCUUCGACUACCUCAAAGUGAACAACAUGCCGAUGGUGGCUCUGGUCCAUCCUGUGUAUGACUGUCUGAUGAGACUAGCUCAACCAGAUGCUUUAAUGAAUGAAGAGGAGGUGGACUGUCUUGUCCUGCAGCUGCAUCGUAUCGGAGAGCAGCUGGAGAAGAUGAACACCCAGCGCAUGGACGAGCUGUUCUUCCUGCUGCGGGACGGCUUCCUGCUCCAGGAGGGCCUCACCUCCAUGGCCCGUCUGCUGCUGCUGGAGAUCCUGGAGUUCAGAGCCGGAGGCUGGAUGCUCAGCAGCACUGCCCACAAAUACUACUACAGCGAAAUCGCAGACUAAGAUGCCCUGAGUGGCUGAUCUGCAGGUGCAUUAGCCGACCUUGAAGCACCUUGGAUACCUCCUCUUCUGAUUGUAAAACCAGCAAUUUAAUGACAGAGCUCCUCCAGAUAAUCAGCGAGGGGUUUGGUGAAGAUGGCGGUUGAGAAACUGAACAAAAAGACUGCUGGAUGUUUCUGCGUUACAUCAGUUCACUGAGAUGGUGCCGUGGAUGUGGAAUGUGCAAUAGUUCACAGUUAUGUUUACAAGGUUUAGCCACGUUCAGGUAUACUUUGUUUAAAAGUUUGAGAACAGUUAUAGAAGCUGAGGAUAUUUUUAUGUUUUAUAUUAUCUUUUAGGCAUUCCUGUUUAAGACAAAACAUUUCAAAACUUAUUUUUUAACCAAAUCCAAAGAGAUUGGAGCAAACAUUCCGGUCAGAAAACACGCUGAUUUGGGUUUUUGCUUUACUUUGUAUUGUUGUGUGACCAACUUUUAAUUUAAUUCCAGAUUUUACUUGUUUGAUAUACUAGACUAGAUUUCGAGUUUUAGAGAAAUAUCUGCCAAGUUUCUCGAGUAGGAUUCCUGUGUUACUGGGUUUAGACAGAAAAAGCAUUUUGUCCUGAUUCAGGGAUCUUUUUAUAUUGUUUGAGUUUUGUUGCAGAUCUUCUUAUAAAUAAAGCAGCAAGAGACUUGUCAAAGUUAAAAUCAAAAUUCUAUUUCUCCUGAUAAAUAAGCCUGAUUAACUGUUUUGUUUUUUUACUAGAGGUUCUAGAUGGUGUUUCUCACAGAAUGGCUCUAUACUGGGUGGUAGGGAUGGCCGUCCUGCCCUGCAUCAUUCUUCAUGAUUUGUGCUCUUUUGGCCAUAUUCAUCAGCUGGACGUUGUAUAGAAACACUUAAAUAGCAUCACUCACCUUUUUAAAUGCUUUACUUAUUCCUUAAUCACAGCAGGCAAGGUGAGCUGAGUGCAUGGAGGCUUAUUGUUGAUAAGGUAGAGCAGUGCUUUCCAUAGUGUUGAGAGGGCUGUGAGACUGAAUUUUGAGGUUGUAAAAUACUUGAUUAAAUGACUAAAUUCUUCUAAAGUGUCCCAGAACUAACAAAAUACAACCAGAACAUUUACCGUAGAGGUAACCUUGACAAACCAAAUGUACUUAAUGUGGCAAACGUGAAAGUGCAUGCUUAAAAAAAUAAGGAAAAUAAACAAUUUAGCACUAGCUCUGUCAACAUGAGAAACGGCACAGUAGCAGCAGGAAACAGGAAGUGAUGUCGUACAUGUCCUGUGUCAGUGCCACCCAGGCGUCAGUGGUUAUUGGUUGGUAGUUUUGUGACAUCAAGCAAGCCAGACAGUGUUGUGAGCUGGACUUUGGAUGAGAAUGUAGAGUGAAAACAAAGCCAGAGACUACAAGCCUUGCAGUGGAGCCAAGUACAUUUAAAGAGCUGAAUAUUAGAAAACUGGGUGACCAUGCAGAUGUUGGAUCAAAACUACAUAAAUGGUCUUUACUUUGUGACUGCACAGAUGCUUUCCUUGCAGCAUUAAUGUCUAUGAAAACUCUAUGUGCACGUUGAAAUUCUCUGUUAGGAGGUAAAAAUCUGGACUUUGUGGGCAACUGUGGCCCAGUAGGUAGAGACGGUAUUUGAUCCCCAGCUCCUACAGUCACAUGUCAACACCCCAAUUUGCUCCCACUGCUUUGUCGGUGGCAUGUAAAUGGGUAUGGAUGUGUAUGACUCUGACUAGCUAAUACUGAGGGCUAUUCUCUCUGAGUAGCUGUGAGCUGUGGCGCUAUACAAGCUACCAUCUGACUUUGAGUCUCAUGUCAUGGUAGUCUGAUGGGUUUGGUGGGCUCCAGAUGAUUUUCAGGUUUUAAAAUGAGCCACGUCAUUCUGAAGUCUUGGGAAAGGCUGAGGCAGAGCAUGGUUGGAGGUUGCAAGAAGCUGCAGAGAAAUGCUGAAAUAACAGCGCAACUUUAUGUGUCAUCAGUUCAAUAUUGCAUUUACAGGACGGAUCUUCAAGUUGAUAUCUCUGAAAUUUAAAUAAAAGGCAGGCAAAUAUGCCUGGGUGGCCCACCCAAGUAUAGUCUAUAUGUGGGAAACACUAAUAAGAGCAGGACACGUGAUCUUUGUGAUUUACUUUCCACAGUCACUAGAGGACACAGACUUAAGAUUACACCAGCACUGACAUUUCCAUGUAGCUGAUGUCUGACUCUUUGAGUCAGCGUUUCCCUCUUUAGCCCGAGCAGAAUCAGAUGAAAUACUCCCACAGAAAUGUGUUUUUGAAUGCUUGCAUCUGCUGAAAGUAAAUAUGCUAGACUUCCAUUGCAGUCGGACAAAUCAACCUCUAUUUCAAAAGAAAAACAUCUAAAAGAUGAGAAUUGAUUUUAAACCCAGCCAUGUUCAGAAGUUAUAUUUUGUACUGCAACUCCAACAAUCUGUUUAUUUUUAACUUUUGUAAUUGUCACCAAAUUCAGUCCCAGUUUGGCUUAUUGAUUUGAAUAACUUGGUUAGGAUGCUGUAGAUACUAAUGCUUCCUAAAGAGAACUGACUACUACAUAUUUAUGAAGCUGUUACAACAUUUUUACAUGAUUCAGUUCCAUUUUUUUAUGGUUGGGUUGUACAUUUGCUGCAAAAGUAUCUGUUCUAAUAAAUUUUGGAAGGUUUCCUUA